AUGUUACAAUUCAAACUGGUUUUACUUGGCGACUCUUCUGUGGGUAAAUCGUCGAUUGUUCAUCGUUUUGUAAAGGACUCGUUUGACGAAUUUAGGGAAAGUACGAUAGGCGCAGCGUUUCUGUCGCAGACGAUAAAACUUGAAAAUGAACCAGAUGUGACGAUCAAGUUCGAAAUUUGGGAUACUGCUGGCCAGGAACGCUACAAAUCACUUGCUCCUAUGUACUACAGGAACGCGAACGCAGCACUGGUGGUAUAUGAUGUGACACAGGCAGACUCCUUGGCCAAAGCUCGAAGCUGGGUCGAGGAACUGAAAAGUAAAGUCAGCGAUAAGGAUUUAGUGAUAUGUCUUGUCGGCAACAAAGUCGAUUUGUGUGAAGAUGGAUCUGAGCCUAAGGCCGUGGAAAAAGAAGAUGCAGAGAGUUACGCUGCCGAACAUGGGCUUUUAUUCCACGAAGUGAGCGCAAAAUCAGGCUCAGGAGUGUCGGCGGUGUUUCAACAAAUUGGUAGCAAGCUUUAUGCCCAAAAGAAGGACUCUCUGGCCGCGUCGUCUCAACAACGUAAUACUGUCAACGUUGAAUUGCAGAGACCGUCGACCAAUGACGCUACGUCGUGCUGCUCUUAA